UUUUUUCUCUUUAGAUUCAAACACACUUUUUUGGAGGACUACUGAAGCAAACCCUCUUAUCUAAUUUUUGGUGCUGCUCAUGUGAGAUGUAUUUCCUGUCUGAUCGACCAGGAAAUGGAUUGUUCACAAUAAUCCUUGGCCUAUUGAAGUAACUGGAGAGAGUAUUCGGUCACAGUUUGUUUGUGGCGGCAGCCUCAAACCAGAUAUCUGCAACCUGAUGAUGCGCCUGUUCCUGGAGCUGGAUGACAAGAUUUAUUUAAACAGUGAGCCAAGGCUGCGCCACUUCUUGCCAGCUGACUGGGCUACACUGGCCCUGGAGCAUGGAAGCAACCUGAUCACUGAAUCAUCACCUGCAGUUCGAUCCAUGUUCUCUGGUCCGCACAUCAAUUACAAUGUGAAGCUUUGCAGAAUGGUUAUCGCGCCAGUGCAAUGUUGGAAGGGCGAGUGGUCAUGUUACGUGUGGGAUUUCAAGGAGAAAAGACUCAACAUCCUGGAUCCGUUGAUUAAUCAGGGUGGUAGUAACAAGCAGGAUGUACAAAGCAGGCAUGACUCUAUCAAGGAUGUUCUCCAUGGAGCUCUCAUUGUCUGCAGAUCGAAGUACUAUAACUCAUCACAUGGAUAUGAUACGGAUUACCAAGUGUCUAGCUCCAACGAGUGGUCUGUCAUCUUUCUUCAAGGUCUUGGAGGGAAACAUGUAUUCAGGAGUUAUAACUCGGGAAUAUACAUGCUCCACUUCACAAGAGAAUUCGCUGGCACAGAGCUGGAGUCAGUUGGCAAGAUUGGCGAGCUAAGGAGGGACCUCUUGUAUGAGCUUCUCACCAUGGGCAGCAACACCGGCCGCCUUCCGCCAACCUUACCUAUACGUGAUCGACCCAACCGCCUUGAGUAGAGAUCCUUAGGCCUUGGGGGCCGGUGCCGAUGAACCUACAAAAUAGCAGGCACCUAGAAAAAAAUGAAGAUGGCGAAUUUACAUCGAGGAAUAGCAGGCACCUAGUUAAAAUGGCAGAUGCUGAAUGUACAUCGAGUUGAUGACGAUGUUGCACCUGUAUGGUGUGCGGUGUCUAUAUUUUGUGGUAACCAGACUUGGUCUGUAAUGAUAUCUGCAGUGGCAAUCGUACAACAAUAUAAUGAAAUGUCAAUCCCAAA